AUGUACAGCUUUGAACUUACAAUCCUUGGAGCUUCUGGAGGUCCCGAAGGCGGAGUAACACAGUGCUUCAUGGUACGACCAAGUGGAACUAGAGGUGUGGAAUCUAUCUGCGUCGAUGGCGGUGCUGGCGCGGGUCAAAUAACUCGUAUGAUAGCGCGAUAUGGACCGUACGCUAAUCCGGAUAUGGUGGAAAGUUUUUAUGCCAACGACGUUGAACCAGCGGCCAAGUUCUUUGAUGCAUAUAGUAAUAUGGAGUUUGGACUACCGAGUCACAUCACAACAUAUCUAGAAAAUAAAGAGGGUUUAUGCAAUACCCGAAUGAAGGCAAUAGAAAUAUAUAAUGGAAUCAAAGAAUAUUAUGUUACACAUGCCCAUUUGGAUCACAUUUCGGAGAUGGUUUUGAAUUCACCAUUAGCAUAUGAAGACAACCCUUCACUUGCAUCAAAAAAAAUAUGGGGAUUGGACUUUACAGUGGAAGCACUUAAAAAGCAUCUAUUCAACGAUCUUGUGUGGCCUGAUUUGGUAAGCGACAACGAGAGAUUCCAGUUAGGCACUUUGAAGGAUCUGAAAAGUCAUCGAUGUUCAGUUUUCCCACAGUGGGACAUAAUACCGCUGCAAGUCAAUCAUGGUCACGGCGCAGUUCUGACGAUGAAGCGUGUCUACAGCACCGUCUAUCUGUUUCGCGAUAGGGAAACCAAAAAUUGUCUGCUUGUGUGCGGCGAUAUAGAAGCAGAUUUUUCGCUUGGAGCUGAGAAAAGUCUGUUUUGCAGACUCUUGAAGUACAUUGCUGGUCAUGUGGACCAGGGCAAACUCAGAGGAAUAGUUAUCGAGUGCUCUAGCUCUAUGUCAACAGAUGAAAGUCAACUCUAUGGGCACCUUUCGCCUGUACAUCUGGUUGAUGCUUUAGUGCGUCUUCAGAAUAUGUAUGCUGGCAAGGAUUCACUGAAGGGACUUGAAGUGAUAAUAUCGCAUGUGAAAAGAGUCAGCGCCAGGCUAGACCCAAGAUUGACGAUUUUAGAUGAGAUAAGAGAGCAAGCGCUACUCAAAGGUCUCGAGGGUAUCAUAUUUUCAAUGGCCGUUCACGGUUUCACUUUCCAUCUUUAA